UUCUAUAUUUGUUUUCCCUAACAUCAACAAGGGGACAGUAGAUUGUCACUGAUACGAAAUCAAUUUAUAUCAAUUAAGUGUUAAUUAACGGAUAAACGAUAGGGAAACUGUCACUGCAUCGAUUUUUACUUGAAAUAAUAUCGAUAUCACUCUAAUUAUUUUAAAUAUGGGAUAGAUAAAAGUAAAAAAGAGAAAAGAUUGUAAAACUGUUCUGAAAAAAACUUAUAAAAAAAUGUUAAGUCCACUUUCUCGAGGUUUCGGGACAUGGACAGGGAAUUACGAUCCAUAUAAUGAAGAUGGAGCGGAAUCGGAUGCCUCAUUUUGUUCCUUGCCAGGUAUAGAGGAGCCUCAUAGACAUGGUAUCACUGUUGGGUUUGUAUCCAGAACUCCCUCAGCAACUCUUAUAUCCCCUCCAUAUGGGAGAACUAGUAGUCAUGCAAGGGAGGCUACUUUUUCAGCCAGUACACAUUAUGCAAGGGAAGCAACUCUAUCAGGAAAGAGAAAUGGUUCUGGAAGAGAAGUAUUAUUUGCUGAUCACAUGUCUAGGGAAAACUCUGAUUCACAAAUGAACUUGCCAAAAACAUUUCUAACAAGAAAAGGUGCCUUAAUGUUAUUUGCAGCAGAUGAAGGUGAACUUGACUCAUUAACGUCAAGAACUGAUGUCCAGCCCAGGGUAAUGAGAAUACGGAAACCUGUGGAUGUAAUUGAUACAAGUUUAAAGCUUGGUACAAUGGACAAAUUAGCUAUGUCAGUUCUACAGUUUGGUGAAGAGGAGACUCAACAAGAGAACAGUACUGUAUCUGAUGAGAAAAACAAGAUGUUUAUGAAGUUUUUAAACAAAGUUGACGAUCGUGAUGUAGACAAGCGGGCUCAGCCUGGUGGUGAUGUUAAAUAUUACCUCAGUGAUCUUAAGCAUAAAACCAGUUUGCAGAUGGGACUUUCAGGUGACUCAGCAUUACCAAGAAGUCGUGAAGCUUUAGAAUUGAGAGCUAUUCUACUUGGUCUACAAGGGGAUGGAUCGUGGCCAAUGACCUACAGACAAACAGGUGCAGACUUCAAAAGACCAAGUAACCUAGCAGAACAAUUUUCUAGACCUGCUACUCAUUUGCAUCAUCCUCAAAGACACCAGAAUCAGCGUAUCUUAUCCUCUGACAAGCUUGAAGAUUCAGUACAGUCACUCAGGUCAUAUUUAGGUAGAUCACUAGAUAAUGAAAAUGGAGUCCCACUUCUUACUAGAAGACGUGCCAAACAUAAGGAAGGAGAUGUUGAUAGUGUGAAACGAAGUAAAUAUGCAAGGGAGACAACUGAUGAAGAUUUUAGGCGGCAUCGGUCACAUCGACCUCAUACAAAUACACCAACAAGAGAUCAAGGUAUUGUGAAGGUUAAUUUACCAGACGAAGAAGAAGAGGCAGAGGUUGAUGAGCACUGUUUGGAUGCAAAGUCAAGUUCUAGGGAUGAUGGGUAUCACAGUGUUUCACAAGGUGAUAGUUGCAGUUUUAUUUUAGGCCCACGUAACUGGACACCUGUCAACUCCCAAACACCUGCCGAAGAAGUGCCUCAACCAAAAACACCAUCGGUUGAUAUGAAAAAGAUGGUAGACAAAGGUAGCAUUGAUUUUGAGGAUAGUGAGGAUGAAGGUUUAGAUGGUGAGGGGAUAGUUGUAGGUUUUGCUCAGGAUAGUGAUGAUUCAGAUGUAGAAAUUAUAUAUAGUACUGGUAGCCAUAUAGAAGUGCCUGAUAAUACGCUAGAUACGGUGGAGGGUUUCCAUAGUAAUGAUAUUAGUGUUCAAACUCAUUCUGUUAAAUCUAUAUCACCCGAUUUAAUAUUAGCAAAUCAUGACAAUUUAUCAAAUAAAGUAACUAAUGAAUUACAACAGGAAGUGAAAAGUGCAAUAGUUCAGCAGGAAAUUGAUUCAAAACAAGACAUUGGUGACAUUUCUGGUCAUAAUUUAAUAGAUAUAAAAAAUAAUUUGUCUGAAUAUGUUCAGAAUGAGUCAAAUUUAAAUGUAAACAAUGUUGUAGCAACAGAUUGUGAUGAUAUAGCCUAUGGAUCUGACCCAGAAUUCAUAGCAAGCGAUGGAGAGAGUGUUGAUGGUCUUAUUGAAAAUGAGGUCAAAUUAAUUCAAAAUCAAAAAAGUGUUUCAUCUCAAGAUGAAAGUCUUGGAGGUGUCAAACCUGGUAGUGCUUCAUCACACAAACAAUCAAUUUCAAGGGCAUCCAGCUUGCACAGCACUUUUGCACAUGAUGAUGACCAAUCAUCUGUCACUAUUUUACCACAUGACCAAGACCUGAUAUCAGUUGAUGUCAAGUCUGCUAAAUCACCAACUCUGUCAGUCUCUGAUCAAAGCAUUGCACAAGAACUUGUUGGUGAAUCACAAAUCACUGACCUUAUUGCACCUACAGCUGAAGCUGAAUCACAAACACCGGUGAAGGAUACAGACUCACUGGCCACAGGAGAUGAUGUCACUUCAACUGUUAUGUCCAUGGGAGAGGAUACCACUUCUGUUACUCAACAGCUCACAGAUAUCCAUGGUGAUGAUGAAGAAAGUAGAGAUAAACUAGGGGAGAUAAUUGACCCAAGACUGCCUCGAGAUGACAGAGGAAGAAUUGAAAUGAUUGAAAUUCCACAUCCAACAACACCCAGGUCUACAGAUAUAGCAACUGAAGAUAAAGUAUCACCAAGACCUAGGUCAGAAUCUUCAUCUAAACUAGGUGAGAAGAUUGAGGAAGAUGUUGACCCAGAAACAUUAGUAUCCAUUGUGGAAGAUAAGUUUGCCCAGAAAAAGGCAGAGUUACCUACCAUGCCUACUAUACCAGAUUACCUUAAACCAAAAACUCAAUCGAAACCACAGUCUAAACCACAAGCUAAAAAGGACCAGAAAAAGAAAGGACAAAUAACGAAAAGUAAAAAGGAAGAAAAGACAACAAUUAAGACUCCAGCUGAUGUCACUAAAGCUAUAGAUAUAACAUCUGUACAACCUGAGGAACAGGACGAGAUUACACAAAUAAUAAGGAAGAAAGUGACAUUACCACCUGAGAAUGAACAUAGUGUUAUGCCUGAUUUUGUUACGGAGGCACUCAAUCGAAGUAAAGAAAGGUCAAGAUUACAGCUAGAAGAAGAAUUUGCAGAGAAACAAAGGAUGAUAGAAAAAGAGAUAGGUUCUACAUUGUAUGAAGGGGAAGGAAUGACAGCAGAGGAAUUAGAAUUGGAAAAGAAAGAACUGAAGAAAAGAGAAGAACUUGCAAAAGAAAAAUUACUGAAAGGAAAGCCACAGAAAAAGUUUGAUGAAAAAAGUAAAAAAUCUGGCGGCAGUAGUAGUGUUAGGUCUAAAAAAUCUAAAGGUGCAAAAGAUCCUCUUCAACUGGAAAAAGAGAGAAUAAGAGCUUUGAAAGAACAAGAGAAACUGCAACGUAUGGAAGAGAUUAAAGCAUUAGAGGCGAAGAUUGCAGCACAGUCUAACAGUAUGGAUGCAGACGAUAAGAAAUUUAAAGACAAAUUACAGGAAGUACAAAUGGAAUUGGAAAGAAUUGAAAGAGAGGCUUACAUGGCUGAACAGACUGAAGCAGAUGUCAGACAGGCAUUGAAAGAAGAAAGGAUAAAAAGAAUGGAAGAAAAAGCAAAACUGAAGAAAGAAGAAUUAGCUAGGAAAAGACAGCAGUUGAUUGAUAGGAAACAACAGGAGAAACAAUUGAAAGAGGAGGCUCGCCAGAGGGAGCUUCAAAAAAUCAUGAUGUUGAUGGAUGACGAAGAAAGAAAGAAAAGACAAGAAGAAGAAAGGCUUAAAAAAGAGGAAGAUGAAAAGGAAGAAGAAAAGAAGAGAAAGGAAAUGGAAGACGAAUUUGCCAGGCAAGAAAGAGAAGAAGAAGAUAGAAGAAGAGCUUUAGAGGAAGAGAUUGAACAAGAGGAGCUGAGAAGAAUUCAGGUGGAGCAAGAUGAAAUAAGGAAACAACAAGAAGUUGUUCAAGCUCAGAAAGAGGCUCUGUUAGAGGAACAAAGGAGAAAGAGGGAACUAGCUGCUUUAGAGGAACAAAGACAAGUGGAAGAAUUGGAUAGAAAACAACAGGAAGAAUUGAGGAGACAGGCAGAAGAAAGGGCAAGAAUAAAUGAGCUUCUUCAAUUAGAAGAGGAAGUAAGAGACAGAAUGAAACAAGAUACAGAAAAACGAAGAGAAGAAGCCAUACAAAGAAGAGAUACGAAUAUUGAUGCUAAAUCUAAUCUAAACAAGAUACGACAUAGUCAGGGAAUUAACAGAGCUUUUGUAUACUCAUAUUUUAUAAACUGGCCAAUGGAAACUUAUAUGAGACCUAUUGGAGAACAGGAAAAGAAGAAGAAAGAAGCUAAACUUCGGGAAAAGAGAAAGAAAGCUCGAUAAAUGUCGUUAAUGACAAAGUCUUUCAAACUAAAAAAAACAUUUAAGAGUUAAAGAAAAAACGACACAUUUUGACCAGAUUUUUUUUUUUUUAUCUUAUGCUUACAUGGAUCAACAAUUAAUUUAUUUAUCAUAAUAAGUUUUCAGUUUUAAGUAUUAGAACUUUUUAAAAAUUUGUCUUGUAAUUAAAAAUUAAUUAUAUGGGGACAAUAAAAGAAGUGCAUUUGAAUACAAAUUACCCCAAUGUAAUUUUAGGAAUAACUGUACUGUAUCUUUAUAAUAGUCGACAUCAAUCUCAAAUGUGACAGUUGCUGAUAUCAGUUUUUCACCUAACUUAGUUAGCAACAGAAAUAUUAACAUACAAUGACACCAGCAAUUCUAAAAUGCUGCACAGUUAUUCCUAACAUGAAAAAGCUUAAAUUUAUAUCUAGAUGCUUUGCAGCUUAACUUUAUUUUACCUGAUUUUUGUUUGAAGAGGUAAUUAGUUUUUAGGAUGUUAUUCUGAAACCGUUUAUAUAGAAUAAACCAUGUGACAAAUUCUGUUGUAAUGGGUUACCAUUAAGACAAAGUAGUGCAAUUUCAUCAAUGCUCUGUAAAUUUAGAUAUUACAUUAUUAUUUUUUUAACUGCCUCUCCAUUUCAUAUACAGUGAAUAGUAAAUGUUACCAUUAACAGUUGAUGCCAUAGCCCCCCCCCCUCCUUUUGAGAAAAAAAAAUGGUUGAUUAUAUAGGGAAUCACUGAAGCAUGACUGGAGCGGCCCCCUCUUAUAAAAAUUUAGAUCCGCCACUGAUGCAACAUAUAUUGAGAAGGCCGUAAACAGAAUCUCUGAAAAUACUUGAAAAAGUAAGAUGUUCAAUUGUUUUAUCUCAUGCAUUGUGAUUUAAAUAAAUGUAACAGUAUGUAGUUUGUAUGAAUUCAAUGGUAAUAUGUUACUAAAAGGGAUUUAUGCAAAAAAAAUAUCUUGUAGACAAUUUUAAAAAAAUCUUAUUCUUUAAUGGUUUAAAAUAAAAUUACUAUACUUUUCUUAAAUCACUCAUUGCUUUUAGAAAAAUGAAUUUUGAUAACAUCUCUCUAUCCAGAAUUAACCUAGGAAAAGGAAAAGAAUGUUAAAAUGUUGAGUGCCUUAUAUUUUAUAUUUCAAAUAGAGUGGUUUUCCUAAGCAAUGUCUUAAUCCAUUUUGCAUAUGCAAGGAUUUUUCUUACUAUACAAAUCCUUGGCAUAUGUAACUCUUUUUUUUAUGCUCAUUAUAUUGUUUAUUUCUUUCUUGCAAUAUUUUUUUUAUAGAUACAUUUACAUAUUAUGUUUAUUGGGUUAGGUAAAUAGAUUUUUUAUUUCUGCCUUUUAUACAAUAGAUGUUUUAUUCCGUCCUUUAACAUCUGUGAUCAAAAUAUUUAUUUAUAAAAUUAUAUGUUUAUCAAAAAUUUGUUAUCAGUUUAUAUAUUUUUACAAAAUGAGCAAUAAAAACUAUUAAUUAUGA